UGGACGAUGCGACCAAUACGUGAGCACUUUCACAUAUACAACAUAUUGGAGGGAUCGUAUUUUACUACGUUUUCUCCAAGGAUAAACGAAAGGUAUUGAAAACAAGGUUACUGAGACCCGCUUCUCCGCCCCUAGUGUCACACGGCUCUGAUCACGUAAAUACCGAAGCAGAGCGACACUGUUUGGUUUUUACUUCGUCCUUGAUGAUGGCAGCUCAGGAUUACAAUUUUUUACUAGCGACGGACUCAUAUAAGAUUACCCAUUACAAGCAGUACCCACCUAAUAUCAAUAAGGUGUACUCCUAUUUUGAGUGCCGGCAAAAAAAGGGGGGACAGUUCAGCGAGGUGGUGUUUUUUGGCCUCCAGUAUCUUCUGAAGAAAUAUCUAGCAGGUCCAGUCAUCACAGAGGAGAAGAUACAAGAGGCGAAAGUGUUUUAUCAGAUGCACUUUAAACAGACAGUGUUCGAUGAAGAGGGAUGGCGGAAAGUUUUAGAGAAAUAUGAUGGCCGCCUUCCAAUCCGUAUCAAAGCAGUUCCCGAGGGGAAAAUCAUACCCAGAGGGAACGUCCUCUUCACAGUGGAGAACACAGAUCCAGAUUUCUUCUGGCUCACCAAUUUUAUUGAGACUAUGCUGCUCCAAAUGUGGUACCCCAUCACCGUGGCAACAAUCUCCAGGGAGUUCAAAAAGAUUCUGGCCAAGCACCUGAAGGCCACGUCAGGGAGUCUGGAGGAUCUGGACAUCAAGCUGCAUGAUUUUGGCUACAGAGGGGUGUCCUCACAAGAAUCGGCAGCACUUGGUGGGGCUGCUCACCUAGUGAAUUUUUGCAGCACAGACACAGUGGCAGGUCUACUCAUGGUGCAGCGAUACUACAGCUGCCUUAUGGCUGGAUUCUCCAUUCCUGCUGCAGAGCACAGCACCAUCAUCUCCUGGGGCAAGAGCAGAGAGGAGGCGGCAUUUGAGUGUCUGCUGGACCAGUUCCCCUCUGGGCCUGUAGCUGUGGUUAGCGACAGCUAUGAUAUUUUUAAGGCUUGUAAGCACAUCUGGGGGGACAAGCUGAAAGAGAGAGUGAUGGAGAGGAGCGAGGAUUCAACUCUCAUUAUCCGGCCAGACUCUGGGGACCCUGCUGAGACCCUCCUUGAGGUGCUAAAGAUUUUGGAGGAGUGUUUUGGCUGUUCUCUGAACUCAGUGGGUUACAAGGUGCUCCCAUCAUAUCUGCGCAUUAUCCAGGGGGAUGGGAUUGAUCUGAACUCUAUUAAUGAGAUCCUGGAGAAACUAAGUGAUGAGGGCUGGAGUGUGGAGAAUGUGUUUUUUGGUUGUGGAAGUGCUCUCCUGCAGAAAAUCAACAGAGACACGCUAAACUGUGCUUUCAAAUGCAGCUAUGUGGAGACUAAUGGCAAAGGCAUGGAUGUUUAUAAGCAGCCAGUGACAGACCCAUCUAAAGGAUCCAAGCGUGGUCGUCUCUCUCUGAGAAGAAACUCAGAUGGCUUUAUUGAGACGGUUGAAAGAGGAGCGGGCAAACCAGAAGAGGACAUGUUGGUGACUGUGUUUGAGAAUGGGACCAUAAUGCAGGAAUACACUCUGGAUGAGAUCCGUAAAGCUGCUCAGCUUUUGGAGGAGGACAUAACCCCUGCCCUGCACAACGAAGAUGAUGGCACUACUCUGGAUAUCUACCAAAAACGCAUCAUGAAUGGUGUGCAUUAACAUACUUAGGCUGCACAUUGUUCUCAACACUGCCAUCUACAGAGGAACCACUGACUUGUUCACCACAACACUCACAGUCAUUCGCGGUAUAGCAGAUCACAGUGUUCUACUCUAAACUCUAAACUUACUCUAAAAUGUAAUAUCACAUAUGAAUUUUAGACCUUUGAGGUGACCCCUCAGUUUUGGAUUGGGUCUCCAAAUUGAUUUUAUUUUUUCCUCAAAUUAUUAGUUAAGCGUUGUUUUGGGGAUGUUACGAGGUGCCAAAUAUCUUUUAGGUGCUUCAUUUAUCAUGAAUAUGUUUCAGGAGAAUGCAAAUGGUUGGUUUUUGACAUGGUUUCUAUUCUCUUCAACUAGAUCAUCACCCUAGCAGAACUUUGAAAAAUGAAGGAAACUUCAUUUUAGGUGAUCUAAUGAUCAUCUCUGGGCUUCUGUACCAGUAGUUCAGCACAUGAUACUGGUCUCUGUUCACUCUGCAAAUGCAUAUAUUGACUAUUUAGUUUUAGAAAUCACUAUCCAUCUCACUUUUUGAGGGGGUUUUAAUGUUCUUUAAAUAUCUUUCGACUUGAUAAAUUGAAUCACAUGUGCACAUAAAAGAUAGCAAUUAAGAAUUUUGUCCUAAACAAAAUCAGAUCUUAAGCUAUUUCCAUUUGGUGUUGAAGAAAUGGAUACUAAGCUUAUCACCCACUCUUAGUGUUAUUUAACUCACAUAGAAGUUGCUCCUGACGAUAUAGAAUAAUGCAUUUGUUAACAUAGACUUAAAGGGCUAGUUACCCAAGAAUGAAAAUUCUCAUGAUUUGCUUACACUGAUUUUUUAGAAGAAUAUCUCAGCUCUGUAGGUCCUCACAAUGCAAGUGAAUGGGUGCCAACAUUUUUAAGCUCAAAAAUCCACAUAAAGGGAGCAUAAAAGUAAUCCAUAAGACUCCAGUGUUUAAAUCAAUAUCUUUGGACACAAUAUAACGAUAUGGCGUUAAAUAAAGACUUAAAUAUUGAUCUGUUUGUCUGACACACACCUAUUAUAUCACUUCUGUUAGUAUUUCUUAAUGUUGGCAUGGACCUAGAGAGCUGAGAAUGUCUUCUAAAAAGCUUUGUUUGUGUUCUGCUGAAGAAAGAAAGUAAUAUAAAUCUUAGGUGACAUGAGGGUGAGUAAAUGAUGAAAGAAUUGUAAUUUUUGGGUGACCUAUCCCUUUAAAAAUAUAUUUUCUGGAGAACAUAUUUUUUCUUUGGGCAGCAAAUUGUGUUUUUAUCCUGCUCUUAUAAUCAGCCUGUUAACGUACCUUCAGUAAAUGCUACAUAAAAAAUCUAUUUCUUGAGAAUGGAUAAAAAGUGAUUUUGUGGAGUUAGUUAUAGACUUCCCUGUAUUUUUUUUUUCUCCAUAUAGCUGCUGAUGGUGCCUUAAAAACCACUCUCCUCAGUGCUUUCUUGCACUGUAAUUUCCUCUCUUUAUAUUUCACUUCCAUUCAGUUUCUCUCGUUUAACGUUCCUUACUUUCUGUGUGACACAUGAAUGACUGUUCAGUGAUUACUAUUUUUUACCGAUGCCUUAUGAUUUUUCUGUCAAGCAUAUGUCAUGUUUGACACCUACAAUAUGCUGAUGCUGAGUGAGAAUUGCAGUGGGUUUAAUUACAGUGUACAUUAUUGUGUCAUCAAUUUAGUGUUCGUCAAUAAUUUCCUGUUUGAUCUGAACAUCAGAACUGAAGCUGUUGACCCUACCUCUUUUUUUUUUAACCAAUAAUACUGUAAAUUAAUAUGAAGUAAUAAUUACACCUAAAUGGCAUAUUAUUCUAUUGUGUAAAUACUCUUUAAUAGUAGUUUGAAUGAUGAACUUUGUUUUGAAUUUUUAGUCUUCUUGGUGCAUUGUUUUAUUUUAUUUUUAUUUUACAGAAGUGAUAUUUUGUAUGACAAAAAGACAAGUAAACAAGAAUAAGAUAUGAUAAUA